CUUCCCUACUUGUGCUCCUCUGUUAUGGGCAGCUCUUGCCUUGGCUCAGGAUCAAGGGUGAACACAGUUUAGAUAACUUCUACAAUGAGACCGAGGCCAAGAUCUUCCCGCAGUUUUAUGACCAAACAGGUGAAGUUGUGUUGAACAAGUUCAUGGAGGCCACUUGGAACUAUGUCACCAACAUCACCAGGAAAAAUCAGGAGGAGAUGAUGUGGCCCGCCUGUUUAAAGUCACCGAGUUCAAGGACCCGGAUGUGAAUGGCAUGCUGAGUAAGCUGCAGAACAUAGACAAGAACUCGAAGUCAUGGCCACCUCCAGGGACAAAGAGGAGCUGCUGUGGGCCUGGCAGGGCUGGCAGGAUGCCGUGGGCCGCCAGAUCUGCACCACCUUCGAGCACUAUGUGGAGCUCAGCAACAAGGCUGCACAGCUCAACGGAAGAGGCUGCUGAGAAAGAGAAUGAGAAGAGGCUGCUGCAGACAAGUGGACAGGGAAGGCCUCUGACAUUUAUCCAAGACCUGAAAGAUGGGCAAAAGACGGGAAGCAAGAUGUGAAAGAAGAGCAGCCUAGGCAGAGGCUCCGCGGCAGGAGGAGCCGGUGCUCUGGAAGACCUGAAAGAAGCCCAGGUUACAAAGACAUGGGGGCCUUGUGGCACUCCAAGUAUGAGUCGGAUACCCUGGAGCAAGACCUGGAGCGGCUAUUCCAGGAGCUGCGGCCACUCUACGUGGACCUGCACACCUAUGUGCGCAGGGCCCUCCACCGCCACUAUGGGCCCGAGCUCAUCGACCUGACGGGGCCCAUCCCUGCCCACCUCCUGGAGAACACGUUGGCUCAGUCCUGGGUCAACAUCUUAGACCCGAUCCUGCCCUUCCUGAAGAAGAUCCCAGAGGAUGUCACAAAGAUCAUGAAAGUCCAGCACUGGAAGCCAGAGAAAAUGUUGGAAGAGGCUGAGACAUUCUUCACCUCCUUGGCGCUGCCACCUGCCCCACCCAGUUUCUGGAAAAAGUUGAUGCUAAUGAGGCCAACCGAUGGGCGAGAGGUGGAGUGUCACAUCUCUGCCUGGAACUUCUACCAGGACGACGAUUUCAGAAUAGAGAAGUGCACGGAAGUGACCACAGAAGACCCGCUCUCCAUCUUCCACGAAAUGGGCCUCCAGUACUUCCUGCAGUACAAGAACCUCUCCGUCAUCUUCCGCGCAGGUGCCAACCCAGCCUUUGAAGAGGCUGUGGGGUCUGUGAUCACCCUCUCGGCCUCCUCCCACAAGCACCUGCUCAACAUAGGCCUGCUCAGCCUCUAGCACCAGGACUCAGAGGAUGAGGUCAAUUUCCUGAUGCAUAUUGCCCUGGAGAAGAUCGCCUUCAUCCCCUUCGGCUACCUGAUGGACCUGUUUCACUGGAAGGUCUUUGACGGCACCAUCUGGAAGGACAUCUACGAUCAGGAGUGGUGGAACCUCAGGUUGAAAUACCAGGGCUUGUGCCCCGCUAUUCCUCACUCAGAGGAAGACUUUGAUCCAGGUGCCAAGUUCCACAUUUCUGCUGGUGUGCCCUACAUACGGUACUUCCUCAGUCUGGUGCUCCAGUUCCAGUACCAUGAAACACUGUGCAAAGCCUCGGGCCACAUGGGUCCACUGCACCAGUGUGACAUCUACAACUCCAAGAUUGCCGGGAAGCUCCUGGGAAAAAGACACAGACAAAGUGACAUUCCUGAGUCUGAAGCUGGACCCCAACCAGGCUAAAUUUGGGUACUGGGUGCUGCUGGCCCUGGGCUUUGUCAUGUCUCUGGUGGUGCUGGGGCUGGCCUGCAGGCUGCAGUGCCUGGAAAAACAGUCACUGACUCAAGACACUGAGAUAUUCAGCCCACUGCCCAAUGCCUCCUUCCUGGGCAUAGACAUGGAACCCUGCCAGGCUGCUAAAGGACAGUGGAUGCUGCUGGGCCUCUGCCUUGUCCUGAUGCUGUGCUCAAUCAGCCUGGCCAUCUGGAUUUUCACACAGUAAAGCAGGAAGCCUCCAUGGCCAGCCUGUCCAACAGAGGGGCAGCCAGGACAUCUCUGCCCUCUUCUCAUCCCCCAGCCACAGUGGCCAAAGAGGCCCCCACUAGGCACUGUGGCUCUGCAUGACAAACGCACAUCCAGCCCAGGACUCUAAGCCUCUCACCUGGACUCCAGUAAAAACCUCGCUGAGCCUCCUUGUCUAACCUCCCUCCCCCACCCACCAUUGUAAAGUUUAUGUCACCAGAAUAUUUCUUUCAUGUCUAAUUGCUUAAGAACUUGGUUGUUCAUCAGUUUAAUCUAGAUGUUCGAAAUGGCAUCUGAGGGUCUUUAUUAAUUACCUCUUUCCUCCAAACUCACCUCUCCCACACCCCCUUGUUCCCCCCACCCCAGCCCCUCUGCACUGACAUCACCUUUGGCCUUUGCCUAAGGUGCAUGCCCCGUUUGAAUGCUUGCCCUCCAAGAUCAGGCUCAAAAUUGCUCACCAAACCCUCUGCAGCACUACAAACCCACCCAGAUGCUCAGUGAACAGUAGUCCCCUUCUCCCCUUCCUCUCCAGGAAGCCUCUUUCAAUAAACCUAUUC